AUGACCUACGUUUGUAUAUCGUACUGUAUGAAAUACAUCGACCAACAAGCGCAUAGUAACGCCUAUGUCUCUGGUAUGAAAGAAGAUCUUGCCUUCAAAGGUAAUGAGUACAACUGGGUCGGAACCUGUUUCUCGAUUGGCUAUACUAUCGGCACUAUACCCAGUCAGUUCCUUACGGCCAAGUUCCGUCCUAGUGUAAUCAUCCCCAUGUUCGAAAUCAUCUGGAGUGUUCUCAUUAUGGUCAACGCUGCAGCAAAGAACGUCAAGCUUAUCUUUGCUAUGCGAUUUCUCAUCGGACUGUUUGAAUCCAUUGCAUACCCAGGUUUCGUCAGCGUCCUCGCCUCGUGGUAUACACCAAAGGAACUCGCCAAGAGAGUGGCCUUCUUACAAGCCUCUAGUGCCGCGGGUUCGAUGUUCUCAGGAUAUCUCCAGGCUGGUAUCUACAAGAGUCUCGACGGGCGCUACGGUCUUGCCGGAUGGAAGUGGCUGUUCAUCAUCGACGGUAUCAUUAGUUUGCCCAUUGCCAUCACCGGGUUUUUCGUCAUCCCCGAUCAUCCUUCUACUUCGCGUACCUUUUGGCUCAAGCCUCACCACCUCGAGCAGGCGGUGGAGCGAAUGGACGAGAUUGGUCGAGCUCCCAAAGGCAAGCUUACCUGGCAAAAAGUCGUGGCUAUCUUCAAAGAGUACCCUGUUUGGAUUAUCCUGCUCUGCUACCCCCCAUGCAUUGUCGCCGGUCAAGCCAUCUCGUACUUCAACCUAUAUCUCAAGAGCAAACCUAUGGGCCACGUCUUCUCCGUGUACCAGAUCAACCUCAUCCCUACCGGUGGUCAAGCCCUGCAGAUCGCGCGACUCUCCAUGAUUGUCAUCACCGCGGGUAUCGGUAUGCUCGGUCACAUCUUGCUCUCGGUAUGGGACAUUGGGUUCUCCGGUCAAUUCGCAGGGUACAUGCUCAUCUACUGUGCUGUCGGCGCGGGCGCACUUUGUUUGACUUGGUUCUCCGAGAUCUGCAGUGCUGAUGCCGAGGUCCGAACCAUCAUUAUUGGUCUCGCGAACGGAAUUGGAUACGCUUGGAUCGCGGGUUUCCCAUUCUUGAUGUAUCCAGCUUCUCAGGCUCCUCAUUACAGGUACGGCUACAAGAUUGGCGCUGGAUUCUACGCUAUCACCAUCACCGGCUGUACAGUCUUGGCUAUUCUGGUCAAGCGCUACGGCACGCCUUAUCAAAAUGUUCCGAAGUCUGUUGUCAAAGACGUCGAUCAAGGGUCAGAGGGGGAGGUUGGCGGAAACUCGCAGGACAAGGAGAAAGAGCUCGAUUUCGAGAGGACUGAGGCUGUUGCGCGACUUUCCCAUGAGAAUGAGAGAAACUAG